UAAAAAAACGAUACUAACAACACAAUCCGAGCAAACACAACACUGGCGAACCAACUUGAGCCCAACGAGGAAACCGGCAAAGGCCAAUAUUUCUACAAUGCCGAAGAAAUAACAAGAAUCAUGAACGAGCCAGAAUAUUAUCCCCCGGGUUACAACUUGUCUACCACCGCGAUUUCAGCUAUGGUAUCUGUGCUGACUGAUGUUGUCUCCGGCGAGGCCGAACCCUUAGCUAUGGCCAUGUGGACAACGGGUCACACAAUAGCAAGAGAAGAGUUUGCUUUGCCUCCUCAACCAUUGGUUACCGAAGAAUGUGAAAGCUCAACGUCUAUGGAGAAGCCAAAGAGAUAUAGAGGAGUGAGGCAACGACCAUGGGGAAAAUGGGCGGCAGAGAUUAAAGACCCACACAAGGCGAUGCGUGUUUGGCUUGGCACCUUUGACACAGCCGAGGACGCUGCAAGAGCAUACGAUGCCGCGGCACUCCGCUUUAGAGGCAGCAAAGCGAAGCUUAAUUUCCCCGAAAAUGUAGGAACUCAGACGAUUCAACCAGAUUCUCACUUCUUGGAGAACUCAAUGCAACCUCCUCUAACAUACUUGGAACAAUGUCCAAGUUUAUCAUCAUCCUAUGGAUAUACGGAGCAGCAACCAUCAUUAAUAGGCAUGUUGCAGCCAAGAGAGGAGGAAAACCACUUUUUCACACAACCAUGGACCGAGUAUGACCAAUACAACUACCCUUCGUAUGGUUAAUUCAUAUCAAGGCUUUGUAUCUCUUUGUAUUCAAUUUGCGAGUUCAUCACUUCUAAUACAACUUCAAUCCGAUUGUUGCCUUCUUGUCUUCGAAUGUUGUGAAUAUACAAUUUGUGAUCAAAGUCUUGUAAUUAGCGUAUGAUUGUACAUUACAGAAUAAGAAAAAAGGAUCCAGGUGUUACCUAAAGUCAUUAUUUUA